UCUUUAUAUAAUAAUAAUAAUAGUACUUGUAGUACACAUUAUUAUCAUGAUCUAGCUGUAGCACUUCAAUAUCUGGAAUAUCAAAGGUUCACUUCUCCUGCUCAAAAAUAGACAUGGAAUCUCAGACGCCUAACACUACUAUUCACACCUACAAACAACUACAACAACAAGAUCAUGAUGACGAGGAAGAAGCAGAAGAACAAAACAGUGAGAUUCUCAAGAGAAGAAUCUCCAGCCACCCUCUCUAUGGACUGCUGCUUGAAGCUCACCUCGACUGUUUAAAGGUCGGUGAGAUUUCCAAGUUGGAGAGAGAGGUGAAGAUAGAUGAGAUGAAAGCAAGAGAGAAGCAAAAGUUGGACAUGUUGAGUCAACCUGAGCUUGAUCUCUUCAUGGAAGCAUAUUGCUUGUCACUUGGGAAGCUUAAAGAAGCAAUGGUGGAACCACAGCAGAAGUCCAUGGCUUUCAUAAACAACAUGCAUUCACAACUCAGAGAGAUCACUGCACCAUCUUCUGAACCUGCACCACCUUCUGCAUCUUCUAGUCACUGCAAUUUCACAACAAAUUAGCAACACUCUACUUUUUCAGUCUGUAAUAUUAUAUAUAUUCCAGCUAUAUAGCUAGGUUGUUAAUUAAGCCUUCAAUUAUUAUCUUAUCCUUGGUUAAUUAAACUCU